GCAACCCUAAAGUGUGUCCGUGCUGGAAGAGUUGAAGCUGAAAACAUGUCUCGCCGGUGGGUGAUGAAAACCUGACAAACGUCGUUGACGCGCGGCGCUGACAUCUCCGACGUCGAAGGAAGGACACAAGUUAUCAGUGAGGACCACAUGAUGGCAUCCACGUCGGUGGGAAUGUCUGACUUGUCCGACGAGAUCCUGCUCUGCAUCCUCCGCCACGUGCCCGUGUGCGACCUCCUGACCAACGUGGCGCCCACCUGCCAAAGGCUGCAGACGCUGUGCAGGGACAAGACCCUGCUGGCGCACGUCAGCCUGUCCGAGGAGUAUACGAUGGACGACCAGGCGGUCCGCCGCACGUUGAGGCAGCUGUCCAAUCACGUGCAGUCUCUCAGCCUGAACGGCGUCUACUGGCUGAGCGGCAGCGUCAUGGACUGCGUGGCGCGCUGCAAGGCGGUGACACACUUGGACGUCAGCGGCUGCCGCCUCACCUCCCUGCGCCUGUCCCGCCUCCUCUCCUCCCUCGCGCUGCUGCAAUCGCUCGCCUUCGACGUGCAGCCGGGCUUCGACGCCAGCAAGCUGAGCUCCGAGGCGGUGGAUCGACUCAGCUGUCUGUCGGAGCUGCGGCAGACGCUGCUGACGCCGAGCUACGGCGUGGUGCCGUGCUGCGCGCAACUACGCAAGCUGAUGCUGCAGUUCGACAUCUCCGGCAUCACCAGAGAGGGUUUUGGCGUCAGCUGCCACCUUAUGGUGGGUCAGAGCAGCGUGCCGCAUUACAAGCAACUGGAGGAGUUCACUGCCAGACUGGCUCCUGGAGAGGUGAACCAGACGCUGCUCCUGCUCUACUUGGCCGUCUUCAGCGUGCACGUUCCGGAGCGUCUCCGGGUCUUCCUGGUGUCCAUCCCCGGACCCAACCCGGCCCACUGGUCCGCCGCCGCCUCGCUGGCCCAGAGUCUGGGUCGUCACGGCGACCUGGAGGCCCUGCAGCUCCCCCGCUCCUGGCUGGACCCGCUCUCCCUGAAGCGGGCCCUGGAGGGCAACAGUCCCAAGCACCUUAGCUUCAGCCGCUGCCUGGCCCUGUGGCCGCAGGUGUUCCAGUCGCUGUUGGAGGGCGGCAUCCGAGACGCCUCGCGGCUGCUCAGCCUCAACCUCAGCGGGAUCAACAACGUGCCAUACUCGGAGUGCCGCGGCGCUGAGGGCCAGCUGCUCCCCGGCACCAUGGGCCGGCUGGCGUCGAGCUGCUGCAACCUGCAACACCUGAACCUGAUGCACACGCACUACCACCACGAGCACGCGCCCGCAGCGGCGCCUCAGACGCACCUGUGCGCCAGCUUGGCUCUGCUCAAGCGCCUGCGCUCGCUCACCCUGCCCGCCUGCGCCUUGUCGGACGGCCUCAAGGCACACCACUGCGCCGCACCGAACGCGUCUCCGUCUCUGUUGCUGCGGGGCUUGAAGAAGCUUCCGCGCGUGGGCGUCCAGAACUACAAAGUCGACUCCGAACCGCUCCUUCUGGGCGACGGCACCUCGGGACUCGCCCAGCUCUCAGCCGGCUGCCUCUCCUUGGAGACCUUAGAGCUCAUCGGGCCCGGCUUCGUCUCGGCACUACCUCGUCUGGAGCCAUGCAGCCGGGCCAGCGUGGAGCCCCGUGGCAUGUGCGCGUGGGCCCGGGGAGUCGGCGACCACCACCUGGCGGCGCUGGGAGGCUUACCUCGAUUGCGCCGGCUGACUCUGGCCGGGCUCCCUGGCGUCAUGGCGGGCACGGGCCUGGUGCGGCUCGCCUUGCAGUGCAGAAACCUGCAGGUGUUGUCGCUCGCCAACAUCGGCUCGCUUAAAAUUAUGAACUACACCGCCGCCCUGCUGGACGCACUGAGACAGUGCUCGCAGCUACGAGAACUCAGGUUAGAGCAGCCAUAUUUUGCUGCCAACUCGUCCUUCUUCGACGCUCUCUCUUGCUGCUCCCGCCUGCAACGCUUCUGCCUCAUCUCGCGCAACGGCUCCUUCGACCCGCCGGCCGCCGAGGCGUUCAUGGAGCGCUGCGGCCACGUGGUCACGUGCCACAUGUUCACGGGCGGCACUCUGGUGGCGUGUUGCAACCUGCGGAAAGCCCUCCACGACAGGUUUUCAUCGGAGCGCCCGGGUCUGUCCGUGGUCAUUUAUCCACUCCAGCACGAAGACCUGCCUUCCAUCAUCAGGCAAAUCCCGCUUACGCUGCUGGAUCGCACCACUUUGUUCCAGAGUCACGUGGCCCAGCCGCCGCGUUUAUCACCAUGGUGACGUUCGUGUGAUUGGUGCUGCUGACAGUUGUUUACGGUUAAAACCACUAAUAUUUCUUUGACCUCCAUGCGAGGCGUUAUCAGUUCAUAAUGUUUGCUUCAACAACUGUUCCAUUUCAAUUUUGGCUUUGUGGUCAAAAGUUCACUUGUAACUCAUUCAUAAGUGCCAAAAGAAAAGGUAUUGUAUUAGAUUUUCAAUUCCAAUAAAUAUUUUAUA